AUGUCAGAGCCUAUCAGAAAUAAAAAGGCUGAUUUCCCAGUCGCCCCAACCCCACAGAAUACACCUGCUACCAAUGCCCCCAUCUCUUCUCAUGCUCAGCAGCCAGGUGUAGCCAGCAUCUCAGAGGAAAAUCUUGAUGCCGCCGCUGCCGCAAGCUUAUUCGCAAAGAACCCAGCUCUGGUCUCAAUGAUCCAAGGCCGUCUGGGCUCUCUCAUCGGACGCUCAUCAGGCUACAUCGAAUCACUGCCCUUGCCCGUCCGCCGUCGUGUCGCCGGUCUCAAGGGUAUCCAAAAGGACCACGCCAAGCUCGAGGCCGAGUUUCAGGAGGAAGUACUACAGUUGGAAAAGAAAUAUCUUCAAAAAUUCACACCGUUAUAUCAGAGACGUUUCGAGAUUGUGAAUGGUGCUGUCGAACCUACAGAAGAUGAGAUCGAAGCUGGUGAGGCUGAGCUGGCUGAUGACGACGAGGAAUCCAAGAAGGAGACCGAGGAGAAGACCGAGGCUUCGGCCGAGGAAGCCAAUGUGUCCGGUAUCCCAGAGUUCUGGCUUUCCGCCAUGAAAAAUCAAGUUUCCCUUGUUGAGAUGAUCACUGAGCGCGAUGAGGAAGCCCUUAAACAUCUCACUGACAUUCGCAUGGAAUACCUUGACCGACCCGGAUUCCGUCUUAUUUUCGAGUUCUCUGAAAAUGAAUUCUUCACCAAUAAAACAAUCUCCAAGACAUACUACUACCAAGAGGAGAGCGGAUACGGCGGCGACUUCAUCUACGACCACGCCGAGGGCGAUAAGAUCGACUGGAAAGCAGACAAGAACCUUACUGUUCGUGUGGAGAGCAAAAAGCAGCGAAACAGAAGCACAAAACAGACUCGUGUCGUCAAGGUCACAGUGCCUACCGAGUCCUUCUUCAACUUUUUCUCUCCACCUAAACCUCCCGUCGAGGAAGAUGAUGCCACCAGUGAUAUCGAGGAACGACUAGAGCUCGACUACCAGCUUGGUGAAGAUAUUAAGGAGAAGCUGAUUCCACGUGCUAUUGACUGGUUCACCGGUGAAGCUCUUCAAUUUGAGGAGCUCGGAGAAGAAAUGGAAGAUGACGAAGAGUUUGAUUUCGACGACGAGGACGAUGAAGACGAUGACGAUGAUGAGGAGAGGCGAUCUGACAACGGUGACGAGGAAUCCGACGAAGAGGAUGGAACCUCGAAGCCCAAAAAGGAACAGGCAGAGUGCAAGACGAGCUGA